AUGCGUGGCAGAAAGAGCAACUUCGUUGCUUGUGUCUACUGCAGACAGAUGAAACUGGCAUGUGAUGGUCCACAAAAGUUCCCUUCGCCAUGUUCAAGAUGCACCAAGGCUCAGCGGAUCUGCUCUGUUGACCCAGCAUUCAAGCGUACGAAAAGGCGAGAACGGCUCACUGCAGUCGAGAAAGAAUUGCAAGAACUCAAGCAGACUCUGAACACUCGAGAAGCAUCAAGUCAACCGACGCACAGCACCAAUCAUGACACUGUGAUACCGCCGACCGGAGUGCUGACGCCACUCGAAGUGCAAAUACCAGACUUAUCGCUGCUGAGUGAAUUGCCAGGAGUCGACCUGCCAGAACAAGAAGCGCAAGACCUCAUCAAAGAAUACUUUCUCCGCUACGAUUCAUUCUGUCCCAUCUUGCCCGACUCAUCCAAAUUCCUGGAGUAUGCAAAACCAUGUCCGCUCCUAUUCUGGACUGUCCUGGUCACUGCUUUAAGAGGACACCCUGAGCGGAAGGAUCUCUACUCGUCAAUCGCCGACAAAGUCCGCACAAUGGCGUACGAAGCACCGAAACCGACCAACGUUUCUCUACAAUUCAUGCAGGCACUACUUCUUCUCUGUCAAUGGCCAUUACCGUACCUGAGAAUGGAAGACCCCUCUCACGCGUUUGCGGUUCUAGCAACACAGAUGGGUUUGCGGAUGGGGAUGCAUCGUCCUGAUCAUUCCUUCGAGUACGGCUUCGAUUCCUACAAUGGCGGUCACGAGCUCCUCCGUCGGAAAGUAUGGGCUUGUUGUUUCACCACAAACGUCAGUGUCAGUGGUGGACUAGGCCUACCAGCCACCAUUCAGCUAGACCACAGCCUUCUACAGAUGUCAUCAACCAAACCAGAAUGGCUCCCAGAUACACUCUAUCAUCAGCUCCACCUUUCGAUACAGGCUCUCAAUAUCUGCAAUACCCUCGGAUCCUGCGAAUCGACGAGUACCGGCCUCCUCCCGACCCCGCUCCCAGUCAUUCGAAAUUUCGAGAGCGAAUUGCGCGCCUUGGAGUUCCGAUUUUCAACUUCAUGGUCACCUAGCGACCAUAUCGUCCUGUUUGGUUGCCGAAUGAUUCUGUACACAUUUGCGCUAUCAAUUCCAGACAACGAUACCGCGCCUACGGUAGAAGCAUCGUCACACUGGCUGGUCCAAGCCUUCAUGGCGGCCAGCGACAUUAUACGCACGGCCUCGACUAUCCAGGAGCAGCUUUUCUACGCACCCUCACGUAUCCAGAAGAUUCUCAUCCAUGCCGUAUGUUAUCUUCUGCUUGUGAGGUGCUCCCCCCACCGCGAGCUGGUCGAUAAUAGCAUGCUGGUCAAUGGCAUCAGUCAAGCCAGGCAAGUCGUGCAGACCCUUUCAAUUGCCACCGGCGACUUCAUGGCACGCGCAGUCAGGUUUAUUGACCGUCUGAGCCAGUACGGAGACACUAUGAGUCGAGGUAGCGACACUGAACCAUUUUUUACCAUCAAAUCGAGGAUGGGCGCCAAUCUCUCCUUGACUUCACUCUUGCGGUUAAGAACCUAUACCAAGCAGGCCCAGGCCCAGGUCCAGGAUCAGACAACCGCUCAAGAUGCUCUGCCAGGGAAUGAUGUCCUGAACAUGGGCCUGGACGAAGAUAUUUUUGCUUCCGUCAAUUGGGAUGAAUUGUUUCUGGAUAUGGCGGCCCUUCCAACGUUUUGA